UAGACCAGGGAGCAGCGGUGUAUCAUCUGAGAAGUCUGUCCGUUCGUCUCCAGGGUGUGUUUACACUUCUGUUGGAUUGUUGGAGCUGAUAUAGCUAAGAAAAGUUAAGGUUUUUUUCCUCUGUAGAAACCAUCGCGCGCUCUGAGAACGUCCGUCGUUCCGUUUUUGCUCCGUGGCUAGCUAGUAGUUGUGUUGUGGUCGUACCAGAUUGAAUUAGUAGCCCUGCUGAUCGCUGGUCAACUGAGAACAGAAUUAGUAUUUAAGACGCUGUUCAGUGAACCGGUUUGUUUCGUUCGAUCAUUCCACACUUCUGGCAUUAUAUAAAAAUAGAUAUACACAAUUUGGUUCGCGUCUGCCUCAAAUUGCAAUUGCAUCCAUCAAUACGCCUGGUCAGCAAUUCAACUUUUACUGGAGCAUUGCCUGAGAACCUCCACUACUUUAUGAGGUGACUUAUUUCUGUGCUAACAUUAAUCGCAGGUGUAAUAUUUAGGGAAACAUCGUCCUCGCUUUUUUUUAUUGAUCAUCGUCCUUGCCAAAAAGGUAGUUAGUGAGUAGUAACUGGGCAAGUUAAGUGUGCGUGUUACGUUCGAAGGCUUCUGAAGUGCUACGAACAAGAUUGAUAGAAUCAAUCUUAUCUUUCAAGGUUACACGGUGUCUGUGUUGCGUAGAGAAAUCGUUGUCGGUGUCGUGUAGGUAUUAGCUCAUCACCUCGAGCCGCAUAUUUUGUCUGAGCAAAAUUGAUUGAUUCGCACGGUUCCAGUUGUGGUUAUCCAGCAGUUACUCGAAUUACAACCAACUACUACAACCAAAGAUACGACGGGCAUUGAUAGUUGCUGUAUACACAAUCGAAAAUGCUGUCCCAUCUGCUGAAGGAAAACGUCAACGUUAUUGUAAGCACCGGAAACGUGCUGAAUGUAAGCGACCUUCGGAAGAAAGCCGGCCAAAAACCGACCGAUGAGCUGACAGAUUGCUUACGGUCCACAUUUGCCGAGGCAGAGGUCAUCGCAUCGGGCGCCCAGAAUCCGGUUCAGUUGGUAACCCGCAAGAAUGACGACCUGCUGGAGAAGGUCAAAGAGCAUCAACGGCCGGACAUAAAAAUCGGAGCCAAAAUCUUCCUGAACAACUAUUCCGAAACGGGGCUCACAGAGGCCAUCGAGAGGUUAUUCGAAACGUUGAACGUUUCCUAUCUGGACAAUCUGAUUCUUGCCUUCCAUCCUCGGGCCGGGGAAAGUUCCGCUGGCGGAGAUCAGAACGGGGAAGUCAAGGAAGGUAUCAUCGAGUGGGCCGUCGGAAGUGACAAUGCGGUGGCUAACUUGAAGAAACUUUGGAGCACUCUCGAGAAGUACGCAACCGAUAAGAAAAUCGGGCAGCUGGGAAUCGCAGAUUUGGAUGUGGACACUUUGAAGAAUCUGUUGGAAGCUUCGACUGUUCAUCCGACGAUAGCACAGAUCAACUUGGCGGCGUGUUGUGUGGUUCCUCCGGCCCUGCAGGAGUACUGCAGCCAAAACUAUAUUCAGCUGCUGACCCACAGUGACCCACAAGAACUCCUGCCCCAAUCGGUUCUCAGCGACCUGGAACUGGAUUCCUACCAAUCCACGUGGACCACCCGGUACCAGGUUCACAUCAAAUGUCGAGGCGUCCUUGCGGCCAAGGGCUUCAUCGUCGGUCUUGCCCGGCGCCAAUAAAAAAAAGUUCCCCUCUGCAACACAAAAAGUGGUGGUGGUUUGUAAGUGUGUGAUUGACACGUAAAAGUUAACUGAAGCCCUGAAGCUCUAGAGCACAUUUGGUUUUUAACAGUGUGAUUGUGAUAACAGAAAAACAAAUAUGUUUAGAAUAUCUGAAUGCCUCGCUCGUCGCCAGGGAGUGACAGCAGCAAACUUAAAACUUUAUCCAACGAAAAUAUGAUGAAGAUAUUUAGUGUUUAGCAGUGAUAACUUUUUGUUACUACAUAUUCAUAACGUUAAAAACAGUCGAGAAUGUUUAAGCAUAGUCUGCUUUCAAUGUUCCAAACGCUUGUUGACUGCGUUGCUUUCAAAUUGGUUCAAAACGAAAACACGUAGCACAGUGUAUAACAGUCGACAAAAGGUUUGAGUCCAAGCUUAUUCAUCAUCGCCACCUUACUCGACUUUCUUCAAUAUGGUUUGUUCAUCAGCUGAGCGCUGACGUUCUUGAAUGCCAGGUUGCGUGCGACCACCAACUACCGGAACUUAAGUAUAACACAACUUGUAUACCUCCAAAAUGCAAGAAGUAUCGAUGUUAACGAACACUAGAUGGAAGCACUGUUUGAAAUAACUACACCGUUCAGUGAAAAAACAUAAUAGGAAAUUGUGAUUGUAGCAGUAAACUGCAAGAAACUUUAUAUUUUAUAACUUACAUUAGAACACAAAUGUUUUAAGCAUGGUCUUAGAAAGACAGAAAAUAUAACAGAACAAUCUAGAACAGUACAGAAAAUUAUUCACGAGACAAAAAGUUAGCAGCACAUCUAUGUUGGAUGUUAAGAACUGUAUUUAAUAAAUGUGCUUCACGCAAAACAGAACUGGUAGACAAUCCGUAUAGGGUUUUGGACGAGGGCAAUUUUAUGAAUUGGAUGCUGUACACGACUUUAUAUUAUAGCUAGGUAUACUGUGUUUCAAUAAAACAAACUAAAUCAGAGACAGCAUUUCGAAAAUCAACUGAUCGGGAUACAUUUUUUGCCAUGUUGUCGAGCAUUUUCGUUAGUUAGUUUUAUGAGCUUAAAGCAAGAAAAUAUUUGCGAGAAGAAAACAUUUUCGAAUUCCUUAACCUAAAUAUGUUCCAUGCCACUUGUUGGUUUGACUUUAAAAAACCAAUCGCAAUGCAGACGGCAAUCGGUUUAUCCAAAAGCUCUCGUGGAAAAGAAUUUGGCCAAUCAGAGCGCUAGAGUGUUUAAAUAAAUGGUUAGAAGAA